AUGCAUGAGGAGGACCGGCUCGUCAGCGUGCUACCUAUUCGUUAUUCAAACUCCCUAGUGCCAAACAUUCACAUCCACCAGUUUCCACUGCUUACACGCCCACUACAAGUGCCUCCUUCAGCUGCAGCGAGUGGAAAGCGCAUCCGGGCCCGCCUGAAGUCCGGCGUACGACGCCUGGAAGUGCAUGUUCCUGUCGAUACGCGGCCAGAGGUGUGGAACGGCGAGCGCUCGCACGAACUUGGAAAGGCACGAGAAGAGGAUGACAAAGAAAAGAACCAAGAGCUACCAAAUGUGAAGCAGCGUGAAGGCGAGGAGCCCAGACUGCAAGAGGUGCGUAUGCGUAGCGAACAACUUUCGCAGAUGGGGAGUUAUGUGCUGGGUAUUGUCCGGGAUGGGCAGCUGCAUUUGCACCCAAUAAACGAGACACAUCAGUUGCGACCUACCCUGACCUACAUGGACGUCCUGUCUCGCAAGAGUAGACGUAGUCGCGCAGGGAAUGGUUCAGACGACGACUCUGAUGAUGGACCACCUCCGGAUCCCGACGAACCAGCCCCAGCCCCAGCCCCGAAAAAGGAGAAGAAGCCUGCAGGCGACGUCAAAGAAGUCCAGGUUGCAGUGCGGAAAACGGGCGAACAGGGGGUGCAAUUCCAGGGAGGGUUAACCGCUGUGCGGAGGGAAAUGCUUAUGAUGAUACACGCUGAGGAGGACGAGAAGUGGGUCGACUACGAGUAUUGUGAUGGCGAGGCUGCCGAGUCGAAUGAUGCUUUCGAGGCCGUUUUCUCCCGCAGUAACGAACAAUUAGAAUGUAAAACAGAUAUUACCAGCAUUCUAAAAGAUAUCCGAGGUCUCUAA